AUGAUCCAAUCAAAAACUAUCCUAAGUUACGUCACGUCAUGUAUUUUUGAAAGGUCAGGGGUGAAUAUUUGUAAACAAUUAAGGGGUAACAUUUUUAAGAGAUUGCCUUUUCCCACAAGCUCUGUUUUUUUCUCGAAUACAUCUACAAUGGCUGCCUUAUUACCCCCCAGAAGAAAUCCUACACCAACUAAAAUAUCCAGGCAACACUUAACCCCUUUACAGACUUUGUUACAAAUGGGAUUUCCAAAACAUAGAGUUGAAAAAGCAUUGGCAGCCACAGGACAUAGAGGUGUUCAGUUAGCAUCAGACUGGUUGCUAGCUCAUGUAAAUGAUCCCCUGUUAGAUGACAACUCUCCUAGAGAGUAUAUUUUAUAUGCUUGUCCCACUGGUGCUUUUUCUCAACAACUUCAGGCAUUUUGGGAGAAAUCUCUUAGCCUGUGUGGAUGGAAUGGUGCUCAUAAUUUUACUCCACAUAUUACCCUAGUUUCUUUCUUUAAGGCACCAGAUGAGGAUGCGCUAACCCUUUCACAAGGGUUGAAAUCUGUGAUGGAGAGGCAAGGUGCAGUAUUGAAUGAGCCCCUUAAAUUGGAGACCUAUACAUCUCCAAACUUUAUGGGAUUCUUUGUAGCUGAAGAACAUGCUGAUUAUUUGAAGAGGAUAGCAAUGCAAUAUGUUAAAGAAGUCUCUAAUGCAAGUAAGUGA